AUGAUGACGAGUUCUGGGUCUGUGAAAGAGGUCACACAGCAAGAUUUGUUUCAAGAGGCAAAAACCCUCAUUGCCCAACAUGAAAACAUAAAGGAGAAUAAAGCUCAUGGAACUUCUAUAAAUGUUUUCACAAAUAAACACCAAAGACCAAAAUCUGUCAAAUUCAUACCUUUGGAGGCUAAAAAGGGGGAAAUAUUUGAUGUUGUUCAUGUGCAUCAAGCAGCACUCAGAAAUAUUUGUCCCAAGGAGUCUCCUAAAUAUGAACAAGUUCAAGAGCCCUCAGAACAAACUUGCUUCAAGAAAUUUCAACUUUUUAGUACAAAAGAAAAAUAUGAGCCUAUAGAUCUCAUUGCAAAAGACAAACCAUUCUAUGAUUGGAGAGGAAUUGUUUCGAUAAGGUCUGCUUUUUUGCCUCGAGACUCUCUUCGGGUUCAUAUCCCUGAAUCAACUGAAAUGUUUCACGAUUAUCAUGCUAGAUCUUUCAAAGAUCUUAUGAAAAGAGAGCAAAAGCAUAUCAAGGCAGAACAAAAGCCACAACCCAGGGCAAAAAGCGUUUCAGACAAAAGUGAUAAACUUGACAGUAAAGUUAAAAGAAUUGGACCACAUAUAGAAAUCUUCCAAGUAUUCCGAGAAAGAAACAAAUACAUAAUUAACAAGAAAAUGGUGAAAAUGAUCACAGCCAUGCAAGCUCACGUCAGGGGGUGGCUCGAACGCAGAAGAUAUCAAAGAAUAAUGACCAAGGCUUUGUAUCAUGGAACAAACCUGAGAGCAGUUAUCAACAUGUAUCGUGCAACGAUCCACCGUAUUAGAUAUCGACUUGGUCUUUGGAGGACGCGGCAGAUUAUAAACUUGAUAGAGCUAGAGGAAUGGAUGGAUAGGAAAAAAUACUAUGAAAUAAUGUUUGCCAAGAGAGAAGAUUGGCAAGGGUUAGACAGAAAUGAACUCCUGAAGUACUUCAAUGACUGCGGCCAUUUCCCGACCCAGGCUCAGAUUGACGAUGUGUGGGACUUGGUCCACAGAAGUCGCCAAGAAAAGUAUUCUAGAAUGAUCAAAAAGUCCAAUGCAGUGGAAAUGUUGUUUACACUCUAUCCCCCUAAAGGUGCCCAAGUGCUUACCAACACCAGACUGAGGUCAACCUGGCUGAGACCCAUAGUAAACGGGGAAGAGGGGUAUAAAUACAUAGUGAGUGGACAUCCAGUACUCAAGAGAGCCAACAUCCGGCUUGUGGGGAAGUUGGUGGCAAAUUCCAUAAGAGAAAGGAAAAUGAAACGGUACACUAAGGCCUGCGACCAAUGUUAGCACAGUGCUGUUACCUUUGAUAGUUGGACAUAUGAGCUCCAAGACACAGGCUAGCCAUGGCAUUAUUUCAUUCUCAAUUAACAAGAGAAAGGACAAACCCCAUUCACUGGUUCUUCUUCAUAAAGUCAGUCUGCUCUAUAAUAAUGAACUCACAUAAUGUCUGGUAUGUUUUUCAUCAGAUUAAAAUU